AGUAGUGCCACAGUGCCAAGGCAUCUUCCCUCUUGCCUCUUCCCCUCGCGCCCGUCUCCGCCGCCGCCUGCCGUUUCGUUACGUGUCCCUGUGUUACGUGCAGAAGGAGUCCCGAUGUCCCGGCAGAUCCCCAUGAUGUACCGCGACCCCUUCUUCAGGGACCGCGAUCCGUUCUUGCGAGACAUCUUCUCCGACCGAGACAUCUUCGGGGAGCGGGAGAGGCGCGAGCACGUCUUCGACCGGCCGUCCAAGCUCUUCGAUCAGGUGAAGGACCAACACUUCGGCGCCUCCAUGGCUCCUGACGACGUGUCUGUCCCGAGUUCCUCCCUCUAUAUGCGUUCCAGGAGGCCACCGAAGGAGAGAUCGGGCGUCUCGCAGCUCUCACAGGACCAGGAUAAGUUCAUGAUGUGCUUAGACGUGCAGCAGUUCACGCCCGAUGAGCUGAAGGUGCGGGUGGUCGAGGGCGUGGUGGAGGUCGAGGGGAAGCACGAGGAGAGGGAGGACGAGCAUGGGUCCAUCUCAAGGCAUUUCCUCAGGAAAUACCGCCUCCCAGAGGAUGUUAUGAUGGACAUGGUGGGCUCGACGCUCUCGCCCGACGGAGUGCUGACGAUCGAGGCGCCCAAGAAGAAGCUGGAACCCCCCCCUCCCUCCCAGCGUGACGUGCCCAUCAAGAAGAGUGAUGACAAGGCAUAGAGACCGACCGUGCUGAUGGGCCUGAGCUGAGUGAUGAUCUGAUGGUGUGAUGAUGAGGCUGAAUGAAGGGUCUUGGGGAUAUGAUGAAGUCUUUUUUUUUUUUUUUUUCUUUUUUUUUUGAAGUGUUUGUUUGAGAAAAGGGCUUUUAUUCUUGGCUUAUUCUGUGUGGGUCGUUUGUUUUGUUUACUUCUUGCUCUGUUUUUCUCUUCGUAUUCUUAUUGUUUUCUUCUUCCUCAUCCUUCUUCUUUUUCUUCUUCUUCUUCUUCUUCUUCUUCUCCAUCUUCUUCUUCAUCUUUAUCAACCUCUCGGAUCUUUGGCUCAGUCUUACUCCGACGCCUUGCUAUGUAGGCCUAUCCAAUAUUUCUUUAAUGUUUUUUUUCAUUAUAUUAAUAUAACUAACACAAGAAGGGCUUCAAUUUCCAAGGUAGUCUACGCACUCUACGGCCACCGGCUAACAACUAGAGGAUUUUGCAUGAUUUUCCUCUCUAUUCAAAACACACGAGUUGUCUUGGAGAGGAGAGCACACUGUUAAUUUACUUUCUCCGUGUUUUUUCCUGUAUUCUUUCUAUUUACGUUUUUUUUUUUCUUAUUCUGUCUAUAUAUAUCAGCUCUCGAAUCACCCUUAAUCCUGUAUCCUUGUGCUUUAUACAUAUAUAAAAAAUACUGUACUUGUAUUUGUAUUGAAAAUCUGGUAACUUACACGUAACAUUUGGCAAAUGUGUUUUAAAAGAUGAAAAAAAGUGUUGUUGGAGACCGAAAAUUCCAUUGAAAAGAUCACAAAAAAUAUAUAUGUAAAAAGGAGUAUUAAGUGUCAGCUGAUUAGAAAAAAAAAGAAAAAAUAGUGGUUUGGUGAAUCGAAAUCGUCUAGAGUCCGGCUGAGUUGCCUUUUUUUUUUUUUUUUGAGUGGACGCACCAUAGUACUCUUCAAGAAAAAAAAAGCUUGGCUAGUCAUUUCUGCCUUCUUUGUGUACUCCUAAUGCGCUUAAUUACCUAAAUAUCAACGCAUCGCUGCAUUCUACACUAAUCCAUUAGUUCAACAUAUUCUUUGUCACCGAAUAAUACAGUUUUUUCUUUCUUUCUGUAUGUCCAUUCUCCUUUACAACAUUGUUAAUUAGUAUACAGAUGUAUUUUCGUAGAUAGUUGUAUGUCACUCAGUCCAACUGCUAACACGAAACCUUUAUCUUACGCAAGCAGCCAUCUGUACAAGGCAUAUAUAGGAUCAUUAAAAUUUCGCUAAUGUAUACCACAAUAAACUAGAAAUAUAUA